UGGGCCCCACUUUCCGCGGCUCCUCCACAAUCAUCAACACAGCAACCGCCCCUUUCUUCUCCCCUCCUCCUCCUCCUCCUCCUCUCUCCCCUUCACGCCACAGCCACACCACAAGUGUCCGGUUCCGGCCUCAGAAUCGGAUCAAGGCAAGCAACCGGGGACGAAGCCAAGGCCUGGCUCUGGGCUCUGUCUCCCUCCAUCACACGCGAGACGGAGACGCGGCCGCUUCUGCCCGAGGGGCCUGCAUAAAAAGAUCUCGCGCUCCCGCUCCCUCCCACCGUCUUCGUCGCGAGCAAGCUUAAUUUCGUCCAUCCGUCCGCGUCUCGUGACUGCCUGCGGGUGGCGGUUGAUCGGUUUGUGCCGCGGCGAGCUCCCCCCUGACAUGGUCGGCCGGAUGGAGCGGCAGACCGCCUCGUCGUCGGCGUCCUGCUCCCCCUCCGCCGCCGCCUCAUCCUCCUCGGCAUGCGGCGGCAAGAAGCGGCCUGAUUUCCUCAACAUGAUCCGGAGUGCAGCUUGCCUUAAUUCAUCAUCUACUGAUACCGGCAAGGGAAGGAGUAAACUCUCAAGCAACAAAGUCACACAUGGCUUCCACCUGGUUGAAGGCAAGUCUGGCCAUGACAUGGAAGACUACCAUGUAGCAGAGUACAAGUAUGAGAAGAACCAUGAGCUCGGCCUCUUUGCCAUUUUCGAUGGCCAUUUGGGAGAUAAGGUGCCAAGUUACCUGAAAGCUAACCUUUUUAGAAACAUAAUAAAAGAGCCAGUCUUCUGGGAUAGCCCUCAAGACGCGAUAAAAAACGCAUAUCGCUCUACAAAUAAAUACAUUCUAGAAAAUGCCAAACAACUUGGACCAGGUGGUUCCACAGCAGUUACUGCUAUUGUUGUUGAUGGCAAGGACAUGUGGAUAGCAAAUGUAGGCGACUCUCGGGCUGUUGUGUGUGAAAGAGGUUCUGCUAAUCAGCUCACUGUUGACCAUGAGCCACAUACAACUAAUGAAAGACAGAGGAUUGAGAAGCAGGGUGGCUUUGUAACAACAUUUCCUGGUGAUGUUCCUCGGGUAAAUGGCCAGCUUGCUGUUGCUAGGGCAUUUGGUGACCAAAGCCUCAAGGCCCACUUGAGUUCAGAGCCUGAUAUUAGACAUGUACCGAUAAACCCAAGCAUAGAGUUCGUCAUACUUGCCAGUGAUGGACUAUGGAAGGUAAUGAAGAACCAGGAGGCCGUUGAUCUCGUGAAGUCCAUCAAGGACCCCCAGGCAGCAGCGAAGCGGCUGACUACGGAAGCACUCGCAAGGAAGAGCAAGGAUGAUAUCUCUUGCAUCGUCAUCCGUUUCCGCUGCUGAAUCUCACCUGGGCUCGUCGAUUGGGACUACUGUCAGUGAUAAUCUCCCUCUGCCGAAUUUCUGAUAGCAUCUGCUGUACGUAUCUGCUAAAUUUCUGAUAGCAUCUGGUGUACCUAUCCUAGUUGUGGACAGACAUGGAACUAAUUAGGACAGUGAAGACUUGAGGGCUGGGUCUGGGUGGCGAGUGUGUGUGUGUGCAGGGUGCCCAUUCGUCUGUGCGUAUAUACACCAGCACACGCUAGUUGACCGGGACUUCUGUCUGUGCGAACCUUAGUGCUUUGUGUGCUUGUGAUGGUAAUGGACCCAAUGGUGGCAAAGGUUGUUUAUAGGAAACUUAUUGAUUUAUUUGGUUAUAUUUAGUUUGUAUGGCUCACAUUA